CCUUAGAUGGAUGGAUAAUACCAACAAUGGAGUCAAUUUACAACUAUCUUGUUACAACAGAUAUUCGAAAAGAAUACUUGAUUAGUUUACGAGAUUACUCAGAUCAAUCUUAUAUGAGUGAAUUUCUAGCCAAUGAAAUAUCAGAUAUUAUUGAACAACUCAGUUCAGAAAAAUUUGCAGCUAUAUGUGCUACACAUGCAAUCAAUCUUAUUGCUGCUGAUUUAGUUCAAUUAGAAAGCGUGAAAAAAUUAAUUAAUAAUUGUGGAAGAAUCAAUCACUUUUUCAAAACUUCCUACUCAAGUCAUUCAUUACUUACUAAAGGAUUUGUGAAUAUGAAAAUUAAGAAUGAUGAACUAAAAACAUGGGUGAAAACUUAUUAG